UUACCCAUGCCAGUUUUGCCCCGCGAAUAAGAUCAGGUCUUUAACAUUUUUACCUUUUGAGUUCACUGAAUUCGCCAACACAACAAUUCUUCUACAACAAUUCUCGACUAGGAGGCGCAACGGGCGCAUAGAACCUCCAUCAUGUCUCCCUCAAUCAUCACCAUCGAUAACACAUCAGACUUCGAUGUAUUCGGCUCAACCCCGACCCAAAAUGGCUCCUCAGGCCCCCGAACCCUACUCCUUGCCCCUCCGUCUCUUGCAAGUCAUGAGGAGAAGUUACGAACCGUCUUAGCCGCGCACGACCGGUCCGUUACCGACUUGCAGAUGCUUGACCGUCUUUCUGCCGGUCUUGUUAACCUUCCCGACGCAACCUAUGACCUAAUCUUGGUCCUCACAGACGCCGAUGGCACGCGUGCUGAAUCAACACUCCUUCUCAAUCGCGAUGUUUUCGCCAAGAUCGUACCAACUCUCAAAAUUGGAGGAAAGAUCCAAGCGCAAGACGGCUCCCUAGCACAGAAUAAUCAGGGACCUGAUGCGCGAGAGGCCCUCCUAUCCGGCUUGUUGCCUGGUGACGACGGAUUCUCAAAGCCGGAUGAUGGCGCUGCUGAUGCAGUUCCUCUUAAACUGGGACUAGGCAAGAACAAGAAGAGAAGUGCCGCCGGGCCUGCAGUAAAGAAUGUUACUGUUCACCAAGCCAACGGAAAGGAUGCAAAGCUCAACAUGGUGCCUCCCGCUGUGAAGUCAACCCCUGCAGGUGUUGGUUUUGUGGACCUUAGCUAUGACUUUGACGCUCCUGAGGACGACGACGAGCUAAUCGAUGAGGAUACCUUGUUGACAGAGGAAGACUUGAAUAAGCCCUUAGCUAUUCCUGCGGAAUGUGUACCGAAGGUCGGCAAGCGAAGACGUGCUUGCAAGGAUUGCACAUGUGGUCUGGCUCAGAAGCUCGAGGCCGAGGAUGCAGCAAACAGGAAGCAAGCCGACGAAAAGCUUCAGGCUCUGAAGCUUGACUCCAACGACCUAACUGAAGUGGACUUCACCGUAAAGGGCAAGGUUGGAUCCUGCGGAAACUGCUCACUGGGCGAUGCUUUCCGAUGUGAUGGAUGCCCUUAUAUAGGAUUGCCCGCAUUCAAGCCAGGAGAGGAAGUCCGAAUCCUUAACAACGUUGUUCAACUAUGAUAAUAAUCGUGAGCACUACAGCCAUUUCCGGCUCCAUCAUUUGGUUCAUAAGACAUGCCGUCAAGCUAUAUCACGAUAUGGACUUGAUGAAGCAUACUGCCUUAAGCAUUGCAGGCCGCAUGAAUCU